UGCCAGCCUUGCAUGGACUGUGCUGCUCGCCUGCAGCCAUGGGGAAGAUGCUCUCCAAGAUCUUUGGCAAUAAAGAGAUGCGGAUUCUGAUGCUGGGCCUGGAUGCGGCUGCCAUCCUCUACAAGCUGAAGCUGGGCCAGUCAGUCACCACCAUCCCCACGGUCGGCUUCAACGUGGAGACGGUGACCUACAAGAACGUCAAGUUCAACGUGUGGGACGUGGGGGGCCAGGACAAGAUCCGGCCCCUCUGGCGACACUACUACACAGGGACCCAGGGGCUGAUCUUCGUGGUGGACUGCGCCGACCGCGACCGCAUCGACGAGGGCCGGCAGGAGCUGCACCGCAUCAUCAACGACCGGGAGAUGCGGGACGCCAUCAUCCUCAUCUUCGCCAACAAGCAGGACCUGCCCGACGCCAUGAAGCCCCACGAGAUCCAGGAGAAGCUGGGCCUGACGCGCAUCCGGGACAGGAACUGGUACGUGCAGCCCUCCUGCGCCACCUCCGGGGAAGGACUCUGCGAAGGGCUCAUGUGGCUGACGUCCAAUUACAAAUCUUAAUCCCGGCUCCGCCUCCCCGCGCCCGCGUCCGUCUCUCGCCCCGGCGGCCGGCCGGUGGGAGCCGAGCCCCCCAUGGGGGUGGGGUGUCAGCAAGGCUGCGGGUUGUGGGGGCUGCUCCUUGCCUGCCCUCUCCUGAUUGAGAGUUCAUUUCACUAACUUGGAGGGGGCUGCCCCCACCCCCUCUUCCCUCCGCCCCACGGUUCUGCUCACCGGGGCGGGUGGGAGCGAGCGGUAUGGGGCAGGGAAUCCCUCCCGGAGCCAGCCAGCGGGGGGGGGCAAGGCCCCCGACGCCCAAGGAGAAGGAAAUACAGGGCCAGUUGGAGUGACAGCUGCACGUCCCUUCAAACUGCUGGAGCCUUAUGGCCCCCCCCAAUCCCUGGGGGGCCGUCCCUGUAGCGCCAGCUCAGCUGGAGAAGCCCAGGGUGCUGCCUGGCAGGCCGCCCCAACGCUCCUCCCAAACCGGUUUCCCCAGCCCGUGGGCGGGAUUCUGCCCCGGGGGGAGUGACUCUUCUCCCUGCCCCGCCCUGGCCUGCUGGGGCGUCCCUCUCCUGGGACAGCAGUGGGCUUUGGAUCGGGCCCUGUGGGUGCAGCUGUCCCCCUUCCCCCACUGGUAAAUGCCUCCCCCUGCAUGGCUCAGGCCAUCUGCCCGUAGGCCUGUGCUGGGCGAGGGGGUCCCGGGGCCCCUCGGGGCUGGGCCUUCGCUCCUUCCAGGGGGUGUCCCAGGAGCCCGUCCCAGCGGAGUCCCUGCUGUUGGCCGGGGGGGGGGGCCCUGCCCCAGCUCCCCAUGGCUGCUCUGCCCUCUUAGCAUCCGCCUCCCUGCAGGCAGCCAAGGCCCCUUGCCCAGAGAAGCCCUCCCGCAGAGGGGGAACAGCUACACCCGGCUGGCUCUGUCUGCCUGGCCCUUCUUCCUGGAGGGGGCAAUGCAGGGCCCGGUGCAGGGCCGAGCUGGAGCCCUUCCCUCGCGCCCAGAACGCCUUGCACCGAGCGCCAGGCCUUCCCUCCCCUCUGAUGUCAGGCGGCCGCCCUGCGGGGGAGGGGGGGGGCCAGGCCAUGCCGCCACUGGAGGAACCUGCUAGUCGUGGUGGGGGAAUGCUCGAGCCACGCCCACGGCUGGCACCCGGCCUUGUGCUCCGGGCUGGGGAGGGCUGGCCUGGGAUCUCUAGAGCCAUGGCCCCGACCCCCCGCCUGGGCAGCCCUGGGGAGAUUGCAGGCUGCCAGCCCUGCGGGCCGCUCGCCCUCCUCCCAGGGCGGGGCCCCGGAAAGAAUGAAUCGGAGUCGGCAAGGGGCGGGGCCCCUCACUGCCGGCAGCCCCCGUCUGCCCGGCCCUUCUGGCCCCAGCCUGGCAGCCUUGAUGCCGCUCCGCCGGGGCUGCCUCUCGCUCGACACCGGCUGCUGCCCGGCCCUGGCCCCUCCUGUGCUGCUGCCGCCUCCGGGGUGCCACUCGCCCCUCUCCCGCCCCCCUGCCGCGCACACAGAGCCCUGGCACUGCCGUAGGCGCAGAGGGGCCGUGUUCCUUUCACGUUCCGGCUUGGUCCGCGUAACUUACCGGUUGCCCCCUUCCAAAGCCCCCUCCGCCCGCCCUGCCGGGCCAGCUGGUGCGCACGCGGAGCCGAAGCCAGGGAAGGCUGCGUGCCUGGUGGGGGGCAGGUGGGGGCUCCUCUUCCUGCCACACCCCCCCCGCCUUGUCCCCCUUGUGCAGCGUGAGCAAAAGCACUUAAAAGUCUGCGGCUGCUGCCAGGGGGACGCUGCGCACGAGUCCCGCCUGCUCGGUGCCGGCCGCCCGCCCCUCCCGGAGUCCCCCCGCGCCGAGCACAGCCUGGGCAGGGCCCUAAGGCAUCUCAGGGGUGCGGUGAGCAGACCCCGAGCGGGGCCGGCUGGGCCGCCUCGUGUUCACCUGCGCUGGGGCGAGGGGCCCGAGGCCGCCCCCGCAAACCUGCCUCCCGAGGGGGAGCCUCCUGUGCCUUCACUGAAGUGCCACCCUGCUUCAAGGAGAGCACGGUGCUCGCUGGGGACUGGACCCUGGCUGGGGCGCUGCAGCCCCCGCCCCUGACUGUCUCUGGAAUCCGGAAAGGCCCCCGCCGCCUCCGGGCCUCUUCGGGAAGCGUCUCCCUGCGGCCGGAGCCCCUCGGGCGGGAAGCGUCUCCCUGCGGCCGGAGCCCCUCGGGCGGGAAGCGUCUCCCUGCGGCCGGAGCCCCUCGGGCGGGAAGCGUCUCCCUGCGGCCGGAGCCCCUCGGGCGGGAAGCGUCUCCCUGCGGCCGGAGCCCCUCGGGCGGGAAGCGUCUCCCUGCGGCCGGAGCCCCUCGGGCGGGAAGCGUCUCCCUGCGGCCGGAGCCCCUCGGGCGGGAAGCGUCUCCCUGCGGCCGGAGCCCCUCGGGCGGGAAGCCUUCCCAAGGCUCCUGCCGCUCACACCGGUCUUAAAGGGUUUUUCCUUUUUAAUCUUUACGCAAAUGAAAAUCUUUUUAAAGAAC